GCUCAAAAUUAAGUAUAAUAAAGCAGUAAAAGCCUUCUUCAUCUCUCAAGCUUCACUCCUUCCUUUCGAUCAAACGCUAGGGUUUUACUUCUUCACUGAUGCUUCUCCGAAUCUCCAUUCGGGUUCCCAGGAUCCCAACAAUCGCCUUUUUCUCUACUCUCCAAGCCCCAUCUCUCACCUCCUACCUCACCGACGUCUGGGGCCUCUCGCCGGCCGCCGCCAUUGCUGCCUCCUCCAAGCUCAGCUUCACCUCUGAUUGGAGUAAGGUCAGCACCAAGAGCAAACCUGACUCCGUCCUUGCCUUCUUCCGAUCCCAUGGCUUCACCCCAUCCCAGAUCACCAAGCUCAUCUCCAUGUACCCGCGCUUCCUCCUCUCCGAUCCUGCCCGGACAUUGCAACCAAAGAUGGACUUCUAUCUCCGCUCCGGAUUCUCCCCCUCCACUAUCACCAAGCUCAUCUCCGCCGACAUCGAUCUCUUGCGGGCAAGCUUGAAGAAACGAAUAAUCCCUUCCUUUGAUUUCCUAAAGACCAUCCUCCACACCGAUGAGGAUGUGGUCGCCGCCGUAAAGCGCUCAACUUGGCUUUUCCAUGUUAAUCUUGAGAAGAAAAUGGCGCCCAACAUUGAUACCCUGCAUCGCAUAGGUGUCCCCGCUGCCAAUAUUGCCAAACUUGCAAAAAUCUACCCUAUGGUGCUCAUGCAGAGCUCAGGGCGGUUUGGAGAAUCACUUGAGAGGGUCUUGCGGAUGGGCCACUGCCCUGGUAACGCUAUGUUCAUUCGCGCCUUCCAUUCAGUCUCUGCCAUUAGUGUGGCUACUUUGAAGAGGAAGUUGGAGGUCUAUAAGAGCUUUGGGUUGCCAGAAGACAAGAUUGUCUCUCGCGUGAAUCAGAAGCCCAUGAUUGUGAAUCUCUCUGAGGAUAACAUCAGGAAGAGCUUUGGCUUCUUCAUGGAGAAGCUAAAAUGGGCUCCUGAGUUUGUGUUUUCCUCCCCUGUGCUUCUCACCUUAAGCCUUGAGAAAAGGGUUGCUCCACGGGUCUCUGUGUAUGAAAUUCUAGUGUCCAAGAAUUUGUGGGGAGAGAAACCAAUUGUCCCUCGGUUCUUUUUCAUCAGUGAUGAGAAGUUCAGUAAGAGAUAUUUGCUAAGUUUUCAAAAUGAAUGCCCUGAAGUAUUGGAGACUUAUAAGGCAAUGAGGAGGGAGUGAGUUUGAAUCUCACUCUGGAGAUGAAAGGCUAACUCCUUUGCUUCACUUCCAGGCAUUCUGUUUGCUGGGCACCCGAGUGCGUGCACUGUUUAGUCUGAAUUUUGGGAAAGAAAUUAUCUGGAUCUCAACUUACAAGGGCAUUACCGGAUUUGCAGAGUUUUCUGACUAAACUACAGCAGAGAAUGUGAGUAAGUGCUUAAGAUUUUGGAUCAAUAUCAUUUCAUAUGUUUAGGAAUUAAGAUCAAUCGACACCUUUCAUUGAUGUGGGUUGUCCAUUUCAUUCCCCAGAGUUCAUUUUUAUCACAAGCUGGGAUUUCAACUUCAAAACCUUAAGACAUUUGUAUUAAACUUAACCUGGUCUUACUGAUGUUUUCUUGCUUCCGAAUGGAUUGUUUUGAUUGGAAAAAGAACCUGUACAUAAAACC